ACUCUUCUUUCUCAUUUUCUAGUUAGUUUCAUUGCAGAGGUUGAUCAAAGUAAACACUAACUUCAUAAGCCCUAACUUUUUUGAUCUACAUCAGUUCAAUUUUUUUAAGGUUUCAUUCCCCAUAUAUAUCAGUGUAAACAGCUUACAAAACCUUAAUUUCAGCACUAAUUGUAAAAUGUGCCUAUUAGAUUUAGUUUUCACUUGUUCAUCUAUCAUUACUGUAAGUUCCUUGCAAAAUUUGAAUGGCAUGCAGACCCUAAUUUGAUCAAUUUUACUCACAAACCCUAGAGGGGUUAGAAGGAAAAAUCAAGUCCUCCCUCUCAACAGAUAGCUGAUGAAUGUAAAGCUAAGUUAUCCUUUGUGUAAAGAGAAGUUUUAUGCUUGAUAUUCUUUGUGGGCCGAUUCCAUUUGUCUUGCGCUUUUCUUUUUCGACAGCUAUGGAAAAACCCCGAGCUAAUGUUGCUAAACCAAUUCAGCUAGACACUCAAAUGGAGUUGGAACAAUCCGGAUCUUCCCAGUCCCAGAUAGUAUUGGGUCUUCCCUCUCUGCAGGAAACUGUUGACACUCAAAUGGAGUCCGAACAUUCGAGCUCCUCCCAUAUAAUAUUGGCUAUUAAAGUAUCAGAUAUAAAUGAUUCUAAAUCGCCGUGUAAUCCAAUUCAGCAAGAGGCUGAAAACGAAACCGAUUCCACAGAAGAAGAACAGGAUAAGAUGAAAUUAAAUGAUACCACCACAAUGGAAGAACAUGAUGAACCUUACUUUCUUACAGAUAAACCUUACUUUCACUGCAUCCUUGGGAAAACACAACUCCAUAACAUGGGGAUUCCUAAAUCUGUCAAUCAACUACUUCCAGAAAAAGAGGUUCCAGUCAAUCUUUCCUACCGAAACAAGACCUGGAAGGUGAAAUAUCAAGGCAAUCGUGCGUCCAAAAAGUUUGAUUCAAGCUGGAAACACUUUGUUCAUGAUAACAACCUCAGAUUCGGAGAUGGCUGCGUCUUUGAACUCACUGAGCACAGCGACAAUUGUAUCAACUUCAGAAUUCAGAUUCUUGAUGGUGAUGUCCCGUCUGAGUUGCUUGAUCGGGUCGAUGGCCAGACUAUAGAACAUCCAAUUACUAUAGGCUGAGACUAAUUAGCAUAAUGAGUUAGUAGUGUUUGUUGGAUCACUAACAUAUCUAGAAUGUAAGAAUCCUUUACAUUAGUAUAUAAUAUUUACACAAUGAAU